UCCCCAACGACACUUGUAGCGUAUGAUUGUGUUUCUCUUUCCUUUUAUUUUACUUUUAACGUCGUCAGUGAACAGUGAGUACCUACCUACUCGAGCACAAUCUAACAUUGUAUUGUUUAAUUAAAUUAGAAAACUAAAAUUAUGGAUAAAAAUAAGAAACCCAGUGGUGCAUUUAAACGCAAACAACGCCAAGAAAGAGAAGAUAGUAAACAAAAAUUGCCCAAAAUUGACAAGUUUUUUAGUCAGCCUUCUGCAAGUACAUCUGGCCAAAAUAUUUCUAUUGAUAGUGACUCAAAUAAUGUGGUAACUGCAGUGUUGGUUGAGAAGCCUACUGAAGAAAAUUCGACAAUUAUUGCAGUUGGAGAUACCUCCGCCGCCGAUCAUGUGAACGUGGAUGAUGUUUGCAUGACACACAUAAGAGCGGAGGGUUUGGAGGAACCACAGACCUCUACAUUUUUCGAAAAUGUGUACGACAAAUCUUCUUAUGACUUGGGAAACUUCACGAACAAAAUAUUAAGUGAUAACGAAAAACGUCAAAUUCUUGAUAUGGGGCCUUUACAGCCUUCAGGACCUUUUCCAACAGACAUCAACCAGAACAAUAGGUGUUUUUCAAAAUCGUACUACGUUUCAUGUUCUAAAUAUGGGCCAGUUAAUCGUUUUUGGUUGUGUUAUUCCAAAAUACUAGACGCUGCCUAUUGUCAACCCUGCUGGUUAUUUGCUUCACAAAGGAAUAAUGUUUGGUGUACGGGAAUUCGAGAUUGGAAGCAUUUAUCAGAAAGAAUUAAACAACACAGUUGUUCGAGUGGCCAUUCAGAAGCAUGUGCUGUGUAUGAAUUUUGGAAAAAAAAUGAUACUAAUACUAUCGACAAGGAACUUGAAAAUGAAAUUCGCAAAGAAGCAUCAUUUUGGAGAAUGGUUCUUCAAAGGUUAUUCGAUAUCAUACUUACCCUAGCAAAGGGUUCUUUGGCUUUGAGAGGACAUCAAGAAGACUUAAGUCAGGAAGGAUACCACGGAAAUUUUCUAUCCGUUGUAGAGCUUGUCGCCCGAUAUGAUCACAUUUUGCGGCAAGUAUUGGAUAUGCCCAAAGGAUCUACAAGAUAUCUGAGUGCAACAAUUCAAAAUGAAAUGAUUGAGACCUUGGGGACCAAACUCGAAACCCAUCUACUAGAACAAAUUAGAGCGUCACCGUUUUUUGCCAUCAUAAUGGAUACGACACAGGACGUAUCGAAGGUAGAUCAGCUAAGCAUUGUUGUGAGGUAUGCAGUAAUAACCAGAUCGGAAAAUGGACAGCCAAUUGAUAUAGAAGUAAAAGAAGUGUUUCUAGGCUUUUAUGCAGCCAUCAAACAUGGCGCAGUAGAUUUAGUCAACCAAGUGACAACAUUAUUUAUCGACAAAAAUAUUGAUUUAAAAAAAUGUGUGGGGCAAGGCUAUGAUGGAGCCAGUGUGAUGAGUGGUGUGUAUAAUGGUGUACAAAAACAUAUUAAGGAUAUCCAGCCUAACGCAGAUUCCACCAGCUAA